AUGGCGAUUGGGGCGUGGAUUUUGAUUGCAUUGAUGUGCGUUUUCUGGUGCGAGGUGGAAUCUAAGUACAUGGUUUACAAUACGACGUCGAAGAUAGCUCCCGGGAAACUUAAUGUUCAUUUGGUGGCUCAUACGCACGAUGAUGUUGGUUGGUUGAAAACUGUUGAUCAAUACUAUGUCGGCUCCAACAAUUCCAUUCAGGGAGCUUGUGUUCAGAAUGUUUUGGAUUCUAUAGUGCCGGCACUGUUAGCUGAUAAGAACAGGAAGUUCAUUUAUGUUGAACAGGCAUUUUUCCAGCGGUGGUGGAGAGAUCAGAGUGAGGCAGUUCAAGAGACAGUGAAGCAGCUUAUCAACUCGGGUCAACUAGAGCUAAUAAAUGGGGGCAUGUGCAUGCAUGACGAGGCAGCCACACAUUACAUUGACAUGAUUGAUCAAACAACUCUUGGACAUCGAUUUAUCAAAAGCGAAUUUAAUGUGACCCCUAGGAUUGGUUGGCAGAUCGAUCCCUUUGGACAUUCUGCAGUGCAGGCUUACUUGUUGAGUGCAGAGGUUGGAUUUGAUUCACUGUUCUUUGCGCGAAUUGACUACCAAGACAGAGCUAAAAGGAAAGAUGAGAAGAGCCUUGAAGUUGUCUGGCGGGGCUCUAAGAGUCUGGGUUCAUCGUCACAGAUAUUUGCUGGUGCAUUCCCUGAGAAUUAUGACCCUCCCAGUAAUUUCAACUAUGAAGUUAAUGAUGAUUCCCCAAUUGUCCAGGAUAACAUGGAGUUAUUUGACUACAAUGUCCCUGAGCGCGUGAAUGAGUUUGUAGCAGCUGCAUUAUCUCAGGCUAACAUAACUCGCACAAACCAUGUAAUGUGGACUAUGGGAACAGAUUUCAAGUAUCAAUAUGCACAUACAUGGUUCCGGCAAAUGGACAAGUUCAUUCAUUAUGUUAAUCAAGAUGGACGUGUCAAUGCUCUAUAUUCAACCCCAUCAAUAUAUACUGAUGCAAAGUAUGCAACAAAUAAGGCUUGGCCACUCAAGACUGAUGACUACUUUCCAUAUGCAGACCGUAUAAAUGCCUACUGGACUGGAUAUUUUACAAGCAGGCCUGCACUCAAAGGUUAUGUUAGAACAAUGAGUAGCUACUAUUUGGCAGCAAGGCAAUUGGAAUUUUUUAAGGGAAGAAGUAAAGUGGGGCCUAACACUGAUUCUUUAGCUGAUGCCUUAGCAAUCGCUCAACAUCAUGAUGCAGUCAGUGGUACUUCAAAGCAGCACGUGGCUGAUGAUUAUGCAAAAAGACUAUCCAUUGGCUAUGAGGAGACUGCAAAGGUGGUUGAAUCAUCACUUGCAUCUAUGACAAGGUCCUCUUCAAAGGCUGAUAGUGGGAGCCCAGUGACUGAGUUUCAUCAGUGUCUGCUUCUGAAUAUAAGUUAUUGUCCUCCAUCAGAGGUUGAUCUGUCAAAUGGGAAAAAUCUGGUGGUUGUUGUCUACAAUCCUUUGGGAUGGAAAAGAGAAGACGUUAUUAGAAUUCCUGUUAUCGAUGAGAAUGUCAUUGUUAAAGAUUCUGGUGGAAAAGAAAUUGAAUCACAGCUUCUACCUCUGCAAAAUGCAUCUUUGGCCAUAAGAAAUUACUAUUCUGUGGCUUAUUUGGGUAAAUUUCCAAGUGCUACUCCAAAGUAUUGGCUUGCAUUUUCAGCAUCUGCACCACCUAUUGGUUUCAACACUUACUUCAUCUCAAGAGGCAAACGACCAGUGAUAGCUACUGCUUCAAAGAGCCACGUAGUGUACAGUUCUGAAGAAAAACGAAGUGAUGUAAUUGAAGUAGGGCCAGGCGACGUGAAACUUGUGUAUUCUAAAAACCAAGGAAAACUCAUUCGCUAUAUUAAUAGCAGAACUAUGGUAAAAGAAUCUGUAAGGCAAUCAUAUAGCUUUUAUUCUGGAGAUGAUGGAAGUGUGGAUGAACAGGCCUCUGGAGCAUACAUCUUUCGUCCAAAUCACACAUAUCAUACCAGAUCAGAUGGGCAGGCUUCUUUUACCGUUUUGCGAGGACCAUUAUUGGAUGAGGUACACCAGAGAAUCAAUUCAUGGAUAUAUCAGAUCACAAGAGUGUACAAGGGAAAGGAGUAUGCUGAAUUUGAGUUCACUGUUGGGCCUAUUCCUAUUGAUGAUGGAAUUGGAAAAGAAGUUGUGACUCAGAUUUCGACACAUAUGAAAACCAACAAAACAUUCUAUACAGAUUCCAGUGGUCGUGAUUUCAUUGAAAGGAUUCGAGACUAUAGGAAAGAUUGGAACCUGGAAGUGAAUCAACCUGUAGCAGGAAAUUAUUACCCUAUUGAUCUUGGGUUGUACAUUAAGGAUGACAGUAAGGAGCUCUCAGUCUUAGUUGAUCGAUCUGUGGGUGGAGCCAGCAUUAAGGAUGGUCAAUUAGAACUAAUGCUCCAUAGGAGGUUGCUUCAUGAUGAUAAUAGAGGUGUUGCAGAAGCACUAAAUGAAACAGUUUGUGUUCAAAAUAAAUGCAGUGGACUAACUAUCGUGGGGAAGUAUUACCUAAGAAUUGAUCCUCUUGGAGAGGCAUCUAAGUGGCGUCGAUCCUUUGGUCAGGAGAUUUAUUCUCCAUUUCUCUUAGCCUUUACAGAGCAGGAUGGAGAUGAAUGGGCAAAUUCCCGCAUCUUAUCCUUCUCAGGGAUGGACCCCUCUUAUGUUUUACCUGAUAAUGUUGCAAUGAUAACCCUCCAGGAAUUGGAUGAUGGAAAAGUUCUUCUUCGGUUGGCACACUUGUACGAGAUUGGGGAGGACAAGGAUCUCUCAGUUAUGGCAAGUGUACAACUGAAAAAAGUAUUCGCACAUAAGAAGAUAAAUGAAGUAACAGAGAUGAGUCUAUCUGCUAACCAAGGAAGAGCAGAAAUGGAAAAGAAGAGGCUGGUGUGGAAAGUAGAAGGCUCAUCUGGAGAAUCUCCCAAAGUGGUGAGGGGAGGACCUGUUGAUCCAUCAAUUUUGGUGGUUGAACUUGCUCCAAUGGAAAUCCGGACCUUCGUCAUCGAAUUCCAUUAGAAGAAAAUCACUGGAAGAAACAAGUUCCAAUAAGUUCUUCAUUGUUCCUGAACAAUGAUCAAUCAUGCGAGGGAGGUAAGCAACUAGCAAGUAGGUUACUUUCAAAUUUCUUGCCGAGAGAUGUAUUGGCUCCAAAGCAAACAGCCUUCUGUAACAUUAAAUAAAACUAAUGCUUGCUGCUUCCCUCAUUUUAUCCGCUUAUAAUCUAAUUAACGCACUCUUACAUCCAACUAGACAUAUAUAGACCAA